GACAACGGCGACGGCAGCUUCCAGGAGGAGAACCUUGUGGCGUGCGCUCUUGACCUGCUGUUCGCCGGAACCGAGACCACUUCCUCAACCAUCCGCUGGGCUCUGCUGUUUAUGGCCAUAUAUCCAGAGAUUCAAGCCCGCGUGCAAGCUGAGAUAGACGCCGUCAUCGGGCAGGCACGGUUGCCCGCCCUGGAGGACAGGAGUAACAUGCCCUACACCAACGCUGUCAUCCAUGAAGUGCAGAGGAAAAGCAACAUCAUCCCUUUCAAUGUGCCGAGACUGACGGUGAAGGACACGGUCUUGGAUGGCUUCCACAUACCAAAGGACACCAUUUUGCUUGCAAAUUUAAGCUCUGUGAUGUUUGACAAGAAUGAGUGGGAAACCCCUGACACUUUUAACCCUGGGCAUUUCCUGAAGGAUGGACAGUUCUGGAAAAGGGAGUCUUUUAUGCCAUUUUCUAUAG